AUGAAUAACCAAAGAGUAACUUAUGCAGAAUUGAAUGUGGCUAAAUACUCAAAGAGGCAGCAAAUAAAACCUAAGGGCACUAAAACUUCCAUUUUGAUAACUGAGCAGGAAAUAACCUAUGCAGAACUAAACCCUCAAAAUGCUUCUCAGGAUCUUCAAGGGAAUGAUAAGAACUAACACUGCAAAUCUUUACCAUCAUCUCUGAAGAAGCUCAAGGCUGGGAUCCUAGGAAUCAUCCGCCUUAUCUUGAUAGCCACUAAAAAAACACAACACACAUGGAAUGAGAGUUUGAAGGCCUGUGCUUCUAAGAACUCUAACCUGCUCUACAUCGAUGAUGAAGAGAUAAUAAUUUUAUAA